GAUCGAGACCGCUGACAGAUUCUCGGUGGCGGUGGUGGCGGCGGCAGCGGCGGACCUGGACUGCGGGGAAUGGGAGUUCUAGCUCUCUGACUGAGCACCGCCCCGGCCCCCCUGGCCCCCCGACAUGGCUCAGGAAAAGAUGGAGCUAGAUCUGGAGCUGCCUCCGGGUACGGGCGGGAGCCCCGCGGAGGGCAGCGGCAGUGGCGGCGGCGGGGGCCUCAGGAGGUCUAACAGCGCCCCCCUUAUCCACGGCCUCAGUGACACUUCGCCGGUGUUCCAGGCCGAGGCGCCGAGCGCCAGGCGGAACAGCACAACGUUCCCGAACCGCCAUGGCCUUCUGCUACCGGCCUCCCCCGUCCGCAUGCACAGCAGCCGCUUGCACCAGAUCAAACAGGAGGAAGGCAUGGACUUGAUCAACCGAGAGACGGUCCACGAGCGCGAGGUGCAGAACGCAAUGCAGAUAAGCCACUCCUGGGAGGAAAGUUUCAGCCUGAGUGACAACGAUGUGGAGAAAUCCUCCUCCCCGAAGCGCAUCGAUUUCAUUCCGGUGUCACCAGCACCAUCUCCCACCCGGGGAAUUGGGAAGCAGUGUUUUUCACCAUCCUUGCAAAGUUUUGUGAGUAGCAACGGAUUGCCUCCAAGUCCUAUUCCCAGCCCAACGACCCGAUUUACUACUCGAAGAAGCCAGAGUCCGAUUAAUUGCAUCAGACCAAGUGUUCUUGGACCAUUGAAAAGAAAAUGUGAAAUGGAAACUGAGUAUCAGCCAAAGAGAUUUUUCCAGGGCAUCACCAACAUGCUUUCUUCUGAUGUUGCACAGCUGUCAGAGCCUGGUGUGUGUGUAUCUUCCGAUACCCUUGAUGGAAACAGCAGCAGUGCUGGAUCUUCUUGUAACUCACCAGCGAAAGUCAGCACUACCACCGACUCUCCGGUGUCACCUGCCCAAGCGGCCUCUCCUUUUAUUCCAGUAGAUGAACUUUCAUCUAAGUGACUCACCCUCCCAUGCUAGAGACUCGGUUGUUUUUUGUUUGUUUGUUUUGUUUUGUUUUGUUUUGCAAUGGAGAGAAAAAUCAAGUUGGAACAAGCACUGAACUUUGUCGAUUAAUUUGAGUCUAUUUCCUAUUUGACCCUUUCCCUUUUUUGGAAUUUACUGAACUGUUGAUAUUCUAGAGAACUUUUAUGUCAGGUUCCUGCGGAUGCCCUUGAAUUCAGUGUAGUAAUAUUUUCAGACGUUUUCCCAAUAAGUGUGUUGAAGCAUACAUCUUUACGCUGCUAAUAUGUCUAAAUACAUAUGUUAUCCCUUGAUUUUUUAAAAAAUAAUUGAGAGCUCUAUUUAUUUAUGGGAUUAUUAAGUUCUGAUGCAAAUAUAAAUGUUGAAUUAAUCAGUGUAGUAAACUGAUGUUUUAAAAUUCCAUACUUCAUG